AUGGCAUCAAUUCGAAUUCCUGCCCUUCGCCGGCUCGUAGCCGCUCCCAUACGCACCACCCGAGCUAUCAACCAGCGACGAUGGGCUCAAGUUCACGAUAUUCGCUUCCUCGCAACAACCCAACCUUCGCAAGCCGUCGUCGAGAAGUACAAGGAGAAGCUGAAUCAGAAGGCCCAAAAAGAGGGCCUCCAGAGCAUCGACCAGCUCAAGGCAGCUUACGCUGACAAAAUCGAUGCUGAGCGUCGAAAGAGUGGCAUUGAGAUUCCAGUUGGAACAAUUCCUCAAGCACCCGAAACACCAGUUGUUCAACCCAAUGCCGACGACCCCCCUGGACAAGACCAACCCACCAGAGACCCUCGCGAUCCUCCUACCACUCCACCUCAAUACCCUCCAAACGGCUCGGAUAAGCCUGCUAUCAAGUCUCUAAAUGACAUCAUUGACCUCCCCAAGGCACGGGAGCUCCCAGAGAAGGAGCUUACAGCUAUCUGGCGUCUACGACAUGCCUCAUCUGAGCAGAAUCUCUGUGCAGUAAUCCCUAUGUCUACAUACAAGGCCAUGGAGGAUGCUGCACGAACAGCACCUCAGUUCGUCCUCCCGGUGCCUCAUCCCGCCCAGGGCGCAGAGAUUCACUUCCUGCAGUGGACCUUUGAUGCUGCGUCCAAGACCAGCACUGUUCUGUUCACCCAGCUUGCUGAAUACAAGAACCGAGGCGAGUUUGCGCAGCCUCACACUACCAUCACACACCACCUCGACCUUGCCGAUGAGCGAGGUCUGGUUUUGAUGCAGGGCCAGGUCCUGCCUGACCGAGGGGUUACACCAGAGAACGCCAAGUGGCUACUCAUGUCUCUACAGCGGUUCUAUGGUGGAUGGGAUGGUGAGGAAGUCGAGCUGACUGGUGAGCGUAAGGAUAGGGCUGAGGAGCGAAAGAAGCUGCUGAACUGGUUCGCAGCUGGCGACUCAAGAUUCAGCGUUGACAAGUUGCUGGAGGAGGCUGAACGCAUGGGUUAA